UUAAGGUAACAAUUGCAGGUUGCCACUUUGUACAGUGUACCAAAGUAUGCUAAUUUUUCCUUCUACAAAACUUCAAGGUCCUAGUUUAAAACCAAAUGUCAAACAAGUGUUUAUUGUUAAAGUAAUUGUAGGUGUGUUGUUGUUGCAGUCAGAUUACCAUUUUGAGUACACAGAUUGUGAUGUUUUGGGCUCUCGAUGGAGAGUUGCGAUACCCAACAAGCCAGACACCUGUUCUGGUUUACCUGAUCCAGUCAAAGGCACCCAGUGCACGUUCACCUGUAAUGAGGGGGAAUUUCUGGACAUGAGGACUCGGUGUCAGAAAUGUGUCGCAAGUACCUGUUCUCUUGGGACAGGUGUGGCCUUCGAUGAGUGGGACAGUUUGCCGUCUGGCUUUAUCAGCCAUGGCAUCAACAUGAAUAUUGGUGACACUAAUUGCUCCAAUUCAGCAUGGAUCCUGAAAGGUGAUUACAUUGCAUUUAACACAGAUUAGUGUACUUCAACUCUGUCAUAUGCCGUGAGUCUAAAACCUGGUUCUGUGUCCUUCCACUACCUCUAUCCAGACAACAAUAUCUUUUUUGAAUUCUAUGUUCGGAAUGAUCAGUGCCAGUCUACAGACUCUCAGUGUCGCUGGAUGAAGAUAUCAGAAAGUGACUGGGAUUAUCACUAUGUGCAGCUGAGUAGUGGGAACAAUGUCUUGUACUGAAGAACUACAGGUUUCACUCUGGCUGCAAACACUGCCAAACCAGUUCUGCUGAAGAACAUUGCCAUCUCAGGGGUUUCUUACACGUCUGAGUGUUUUCACUGUAAGCCUGGUACAUAUAGUGAUAAACCAGGUGCUGCCCAUUGUAUCCCAUGCCCUGCUAAUACUUACUCUAAUAAAGGAGCCACAGUGUGCCAACCAUGUGAGGCAGACAAAUAUUCAGCUAAUUUGGUACCUUUUGAACUGGGGGUUUUGGAAAGAGGGGACGUGGCUAAUCCAACGGCUCAGUUUGUGGACAUUCCAGAAUGGCUAAAAUCGCUUACAACACCUUUUCUGAUAGUCUACUACUUCCCUGUGGAAGGCUUCUGUGUGUCAUAUGGUGUGACAACUGAAUCCAAACUGGAUGAUUUAUCUUUGGACGGCAACUUCCCCACUGAAUCAGAGCUACUGGAUGUUAUAUUCUACUACAGAUCUAGACAAACAACGAAAGCAUGUAAAAAUGGAAGAUCGACCUCCAUCAGGCUCCAAUGUGAUCCCACAGUAACAUUGAAAGACCAUGUUUCCUUACCAAGUAACUGCACAGAGGGCACCUGUGAUGGCUGCUCCUUCCAUUUCUUGUGGUGCUCCCAGCAUGCCUGUCCCUGUUCUGAGAGGAACUAUAAAGAGAUUGUGAGUGCCUGUAUCCAAAGAAUUCAGGUGUAUCGACUCACAACAUAA